UCCUCCCACCCCGGAGCCAGAGAGACUCAGGGACAGAGACCCGCCCCCGCGCGGGCGUGGCCCCGCCCCCCGAUCUCCCGGUGGCCCGCGCGCCCGCCCCUCCAGCGGAAGCCGGAAGCAAAAGCGGGCUCUGCUAGCCCCGCGGCUUCGAACUCGGUGGUCUUGGAGGCUCCGCAGGAUGGGGGAGAAAAUGGCGGAAGAGGAUAGGUUUCCCAAUACAACUCAGGAGGGUUUCAAUGUCACCCUCCAUACCACCCUGGUUGUCACCACAAAAUUGGUGCUCCCGACCCCUGCCAAGCCCAUCCUCCCAGUGCAGACAGGGGAGCAGGCUCAGCAAGAGGAGCAGUCAAGCGGCAUGACCAUCUUCUUCAGCCUCCUUGUCCUAGCUAUUUGCAUCAUAUUGGUGCAUUUACUGAUUCGAUACAGAUUACAUUUCUUGCCAGAGAGCGUUGCUGUUGUUUCUUUAGGAAUUCUCAUGGGAGCAGUUAUAAAAAUUAUAGAGUUUAAAAAACUGGCAAAUUGGAAGGAAGAAGAAAUGUUUCGUCCCAAUAUGUUUUUCCUCCUCUUGCUUCCACCUAUUAUCUUCGAGUCUGGAUAUUCAUUACACAAGGGUAACUUCUUUCAAAAUAUUGGUUCCAUCACCCUGUUUGCUGUUUUUGGCACAGCCAUCUCCGCUUUUGUAGUAGGUGGAGGAAUUUAUUUUCUGGGUCAGGCUGAUGUAAUCUCUAAACUCAACAUGACAGACAGUUUUGCAUUUGGCUCCCUGAUAUCCGCUGUGGAUCCCGUGGCCACUAUUGCUAUUUUCAACGCACUUCAUGUGGACCCCGUGCUCAACAUGCUAGUUUUUGGAGAAAGUAUCCUCAAUGACGCAGUCUCUAUUGUCCUGACCAACACAGCUGAAGGUUUAACAAGAAAAAAUAUGUCAGAUGUCAGUGGGUGGCAAACAUUUUUACAAGCCCUUGACUACUUCCUCAAAAUGUUCUUUGGCUCAGCAGCGCUCGGCACUCUCACUGGCUUAAUUUCUGCAUUAGUGUUAAAGCAUAUUGACCUGAGGAAAACGCCCUCCCUGGAGUUUGGCAUGAUGAUCAUUUUUGCUUAUCUGCCUUACGGACUUGCAGAAGGAAUCUCACUCUCGGGCAUCAUGGCCAUCUUGUUCUCAGGCAUCGUGAUGUCACACUACACCCACCACAACCUCUCCCCGGUCACCCAGAUCCUCAUGCAGCAAACUCUUCGGACCGUGGCCUUCUUAUGCGAAACAUGUGUGUUUGCAUUUCUUGGCCUGUCCAUUUUUAGUUUCCCUCACAAGUUUGAAAUUUCCUUUGUCAUCUGGUGCAUAGUGCUUGUACUAUUUGGCAGAGCGGUAAACAUUUUCCCGCUUUCUUACCUCCUGAAUUUCUUCCGUGAUCAUAAAAUUACACCGAAGAUGAUGUUCAUCAUGUGGUUUAGUGGCCUUCGAGGGGCCAUCCCUUAUGCCCUGAGCCUGCACCUGGACCUGGAGCCCAUGGAGAAGCGGCAGCUCAUCGGCACCACCACCAUCAUCAUCGUGCUGUUCACCAUCCUGCUCCUGGGCGGCAGCACCAUGCCCCUCAUCCGCCUCGUUGACAUAGAGGACGCCAAGGCACGCCGCAGGAACAAGAAGGACGUCAACCUCAGCAAGACAGAGAAGAUGGGCAAUACCAUCGAGUCGGAGCACUUGUCGGAGCUUACCGAGGAGGAGUACGAGGCCCACUACAUUAGGCGGCAGGACCUCAAAGGCUUCGUGUGGCUGGACGCUAAGUACCUUAACCCCUUCUUCACACGGAGGCUGACACAGGAGGACCUUCACCAUGGGCGCAUCCAGAUGAAAACACUCACCAACAAGUGGUACGAGGAGGUGCGCCAGGGCCCCUCUGGCUCUGAAGAUGAUGAACAGGAGCUGCUGUGACAGGCACCCAAGCUUCAGGCAGGCAGGAUCCAGGAUGGGGCCUCCCAGAGGCACAACCAUUUGGCAGCCUCCUCAGGAUUUAAGAGAGGGUGAAGUGGAGAUGACAGAGACUUCUUAACCCAGAACUUUCCAGGCCUUUGGAGCCAGUUGGCUUCUGAAACACGUGUGUCAUCUCCCCACUCCUCACUGAGCCAGCCUCUCUGCUCUCGGUGUUGCAUCUUGGCUCCCAGAUUGGAGUGACCACUUGUCCCAGAUGAACACUUCCCUCUGCCCCUGCAGCCAGGUGAACAGUCCCCUGUCAAGCAGGGUUCUCCCAGUCUGCUGAGGAGCACUUGGCAGUUUGUGCCAUUCACAAGCCCCUGCCUUUGUCACAGCCCCUGCUGGGAUGGGCCUUUGUGCUGGCAGGUGGGAGUCGUCAAGGUGCCUGGACAUCAGCAGCAGCAGUUCUGACCUAAGUGGUAAGGCCCAGAAAUCUUGACAACCUCACAUUCCCCUUUGCAAUAGUUCCUGUAUUUCCUGAGGAAGAAAAACUGAGUGACCUUUUUUCCUUAACCUCUCGUUGGCACUUCACUGCUUCUUUCCCUGGGGUGCAGGCAGCUGCUGCCUUUCUUGGGGUGUAUUGUGACUGUUUACACUGGUACCCUCUAGUAUCUUCUCUAGAGAUAGCCCCAAUGGAAGGUGCAACCCCGGGUUUUGAGGGUGGGAGAGCGAGCCUAGUCUGUGGGGUCAGAGCGCCCUCUAGAGAGAGAAGCUAGAGGCACAGGGUUUGUGGCACUUGGCACAUGCAGUCUUGAUUCAGUUUAAAUUCUUGCAUUUCUACAAUGAAGAGAGCUACUAGUGGCCUCCUGCCAUCUGAUCUUCUGACCAUGACUCUCCCACUUGGUGGUUCUUUUUUGUUUUGUUUUUAUAUAAAGCAGGGUAGCCUCCAUCCUGCAAAAUAGAAUGAAAACUCCCCACUGGUGGUUCUUAUUUGUCCAACUGAGGUCCUUUUCCUGGGCUCUGCAGUGUGCAAUCACUGGUUACCUGCUGCCACCUUCGCUGCUAAUCAGGGCUCUGUCCUCUUUCUCCUCUCCCAGUUCCCUACCAUGUUGCAUUCCUUCUGUCACCCAUGCCAGGGUAUCAGCUUCCCAGAGCACUGGGGAAGGAGCCAGAGCAGCAACCUGUAGUCCUCCUCCCCAUCCACCCCAACCUAGGACCCCAGUGGCCUGGAGCUAGAUGUGCACACACACACUCAGCCAGCACCGUCCCUCAGCUUGGACUUUUCAGCUGUCUUGGGAUGAGGAGCUGCCAAUCACUCCAGAUGAAAUGGGGUUGACUCAUCUUCUCCUCACCUGCUCUUUAACAAGCCUCAUAACUGCUCAACUCUACCCAUCUAAGGGCCAUUGACAACUUUUUGUAUGUGGCUCUGGGUCUCAGUUGGAUUCUUGGAACUCAGCACCCUUAGGUGAUUUAGUCAUCAUUUACAUGUCCUUGUUUCUCUGAGGACACAGUGGGCCUGUGGGCCAGCACGAACACUGGGCUGGUAGCAGGUACAUUUCCAUCUCUUCUGUCUCAGGCACGAUGGCCCCGGAUGUUAGGAAGGACUGACCACAGGACCCUCCAGGACUCAUGCCAGGCAUGAGAGGCCAGACCCCAACCCUAGCAUCUUGUCUGGCCCCCCACAGUAGUCGGAGCAGGGCAGGAGACAGGUGGUUUACGCUUAAUGCAUGAAGAGUAAAUUUAUACUCGAGAGAGCUAAAAUAUGAUCUUUUUGUAAUCUCUCAUCUUAACCCUAUAAUUUGAGCCAAUGCCUGCUUAAAUUUUGGUCUCCAUCAUUUCCUUGCAGAGAAGAGGUCAAAGAGUAGCCUCUGAGUGAGAGGCCAGAUGAGGGCAGGGAUUUGAGACCAGAUUUUUCUCUUACCAGAGCUCAGAGCUAAUUUACUUUUUCUCCUGAAUUUCAGGAUCUCAUCUCACAGAUACAAGUUACUUUGCAAACUCAAUGACUUAUCAGGAUUUUAUUUUUAUUUUUCUUCCAAUCUUAAAUUCACAAGUUAAGCAAUGAAAAGUCAGAUCAUCUCAGUUCAUAUUGCCCUUUGUCACCAGGUCCAAUGUCUUUAGGGAUAGGAGCCACAUCACACGACUUUUAGCUGACACCUGCCACACCUCGCUGAUAGCACUAUAGCAGAGCACUGGGAGCUUGGGGGAGGGAGCCUUUCCUGAAGGCUGCACCUCUCAUGAGCCUCCUCUGCCCCCUGCUGGCUAAGUGAAGGUUUGGCAGCUUGGGAGAGCCACCCUGAGAGCAAGGGUAACUAACUGUUCCUCAGCAGUCACAGUUGGCCUCUGUAAUAAGCAAAAAGCCAUGGAAGUCUAUUUCUCUAGCAGAUUUGCUUCUAAUGUCUUUGCCCGAGAAUCAAAAUUUUCAGGCUCAGCGCAAGUGGCUAAGACGCCAGCCAUAUACACCUGAGCUGGUGGGUUCGAAUCCAGCCCUGGCCCGCCAAACAACAGUGACGGCUCCAACCAAAAAAUAGCCGGGUGUUGUGGCGGGCACCUGUAAUCCCAGCUGCUUGGGAGGCAGAGGCAGGAGAAUCGCUUGAGCCAGGAGUUGGAGGUUGCUGUGAGCUGUGAUGCCACGAGCUGUGAUGCCACAGCACUCUACCCAGGGUGACAGCUUGAGGCUCUGUCUCAAAAAAGAAAAAAAAAUUUUUUUUCUGGUGUCUACCUUUAACAUACCCAAUAAUUAUUUUGGGCAGUAAAUGCAUAGAACACAUAAAAAUAUGCAGUCUAUACCUUCCUGCAUGUAUAUUUUCUUUUAGGUGUAAGCCACAGGACAGGAGAGCUACAGUGAGUAGGAGGAAGCGCUUAGAGUGAAAAGAUGCUGUGGGGGCUCCCUGCGGCCCUCCACAGCUGGCUGUGCUAUCUGUGGUGGUAGGACUCCUCAGAACAAACACCUGCUGUAACUCAGGGUGUGAGGACUUUGGGGAAAGGUUGGCUAUUCCUAGGGCAACAGAGAUUGUUCUGCAGUGGUCUGGGCCCAGGCCAAGCUGAAGGUAGUUCAGUUCCAUUAUCUGGUGUUCAGACACUCAGUAGAACAAAACCAAAGCCCUCCUGCCCCAGGCCAGCCACCCUUUCACAGUAGGAAUGCUGGCUGGGCCUGGCAAGCGUGAGGCCAGGGGGCAGCCCUGAGCCAACCCAGAGAGGUCUGGAUUUGCAUGCAGUUUCCUUUGUGUGCCAUGGAACACCAAAAGAUGAGUGGAGAUCUCAAUACUCUUGUCAAAGGUGCCAUCAGCAAGGUGUGGGCUCAUGAAGUCUCCAGUCAUGUUCCCACAGGAACCCUUACACUUCACUAAAACCAGGACCCUACUUCUUUGGAGGGAGGUAGGCUGGGAGCUGGCAGAGGUGCAGGUGGGGCCUGGGGUUGGCUCCGGGCUCAAGCCUGCUCUCUGACUCCAGUAUGAGAAAGAAUCUCAGCUGCUUUGGUUGGGAUUUUAAAUGCAAACAAGAAAAGUGUUCCUCCCUCCUCUUCAAAAUGCUGGCAGAUGUCUCUCCUGCUGGUUGGUGGGCAGGAAACCAAAUCUGGACUGCUCCUGAUACAGAAGCCAGAAUCACUGAGCAGUUCUUCUGGAGAAUACAAUCUCCAGAGCCCCAGGGAGGUGUUUUAAAUGAAAACACCACAGUCAGAAGUAAAGGCUUCAGGAGAAGGAGACAUAUCCCCUUUGAGUAAGGCUCCUGCCAAUUAUCAGACAUGCAGUUAGAUGUCAAAGGACUUUGCAUCAUCAGCCAUGUAAAAGAAGGAAGACUUUCUAACAUGCCCUGCCCCCCAUCCCACUGUCCCACCCCAGCUGACACCUAUCCCAGAGGAAGCUGCUUUCCCAGUGCUUGACUGGCUUCAGGGUAUCAUGGCUGGUGGCCCUGUGCCCUGGCGGCCAGAAGAAAAGUCACCUGCUAGCCCUACUGGUCCCGUAUGGUCCCAUACCCCCUGCGAGGUUGCAUAUAGAAUGGGGAAGGCUAUGGCUGCCACCAAAGGCUGUCAUGUUUUCUUCAAGUUGGACUUCUGCAAAGCUUGAUAUUUUCUCAAGAUUUAGCAAAAUCUUUUAUUCUUCAUUUUCUUUGUAAAAAUGGAGGUUUUUUUAAAGUACUAUGUUUUGUCUUCAAGACGGUUAGGAAGGCCAGGCCCAGGCUUCUUAUUUUGUCUCCAAGUGAGCUGUGAGAGGCACAGUUAGGGCUCUGGCUCCUGAGAAGUGAUUGGCUGCUCUUCUUGGGGAGCUGUAGCUGGGAAGGGAAAGUGGGUCAGAGAUGUGUCCCUGUAGCUGUAAUGCUGGAGCCCCUGCAGUAUCUCACAGGACUCAGACGAUUCCAAAAUGGAUAGAAAACAGUCAUGUCACUGGAUGCUUGUUUAGAAAUAAAAGUGGAUGCUGCUGAAUUAAAGCUGGUUUCUGUGUUCCUGUUCAGGUGGCUUUGCAAAGGUCACACACUCCAGCCUCAACUUUGUCACAUGUCUACUGAGCCUCUCUGGGCCAGCCACCUGUGGAGCGCAGUAGUUAGGAGCAGGGCUUUGGGUCAGACAGGCCUGGGUUGGGUCCUGCCUGUGGCCCUCAGUGAGAAGCACAGGAGGCUGAGCAGGUGGGGCUCCUCACUGAGGGCCAGAGGCAGGACCCAACCCAGGGUCCUGCCAGGACCUAUAGCAUUUCCUCACAGGUGCUGGUUCUAUUCUCUUAGGCCAGUUGGCAGGGCUACCUGGGAUCACAGAUGGGUCCCUGGCAAGACUCUGGUAGUAAAAGGGGGAAUUUUUUUUUUUUUUUUGGAGACAGAAUAUCCCUGUAUUGCCCAGGCUAGAAUAUAGUGGUGUCAUCACAGCUUACUACAGCCUUGAACUUCUGGGCUCAAGUGAUCCUCAUGCCUCAGUCUCCUGAGUAGUAGUUCUCCUAGUAGGACUACAGGCAUGCACCACCACUCCCAGCUAAUUUAUUUUAUUGCAUAGACAGGGUCUCGAUAUGUUGCCCAAGAAGUCUUGAACUCCUGGCCUCAAGCAUCCUUCAGUCUCAGCCUCCUUAAGUGCUGGGAUUAUAGGCAUGACCACUGCACCUGGCUGAGAACUUUCAUUGAACCGGUACUGCCACAGAAGCUGGGGCUCAUCCACACCCUUUGAUCAGAGGUGGUGACAUUAUGUGUGGGAAGUCUGGGGCAUGAGUU